AUGGAUAAUUGGAUUAACGAGAAUACUACAUCCCUUACGGCAGUUUCUAGGGGACGAGGAAUAGCCAAACUUCAAUUUGGUCGACUCUUCGCCACAGCUUGGGAAAAAUCAGCAACAGUUCAAUAUGCUGUUUCAUCAUUUAAAGCUACUAUUAUUGUCCCAUUUGAUAAAUCCGUAAUUCCAGAAUACGCUUAUUUGGGUACGAGCAGUACUAAUACCAAUUCACAAUCAAAUUCCGAAAGGAGCACAUUUCCAAUCCUUCAGUUGACAUAA